AGAAAGGGAAAGAGGGAAGAGAAGAGAAGAGAGGGAGCCAAAGAAAGCUCUCAUCUUCCUCUUCUCAAACUCCAUCUCUCUCUCUUCUUCUUCUUCCUCUCCUCCUCCUCCUCGCUUGGACCCCGGAUUUUUUGCAAGGGGGUAAGGAGGCGGGAGGAGAUGGGGAGGGAGGAGAGGUUCCCGGUGUGGGAGGCGGCGCUCGGCGCCGGGGUCGCCGCCGCCUUCGCCACCGGGCUCGUCGGAGUCUACCUCUCCAUGCCGGACUCCGACUACAGCUUCCUCAAGUUGCCGCGCAACCUCGAGGAGCUCCAAAUCCUCACUGGACAUCUUGAGAACUAUACCAGUGAUUACACCAUACAAGUGUUGGUGGGUUACUGUUCUGUGUACAUCUUCAUGCAGACCUUCAUGAUCCCAGGAACAAUAUUCAUGUCAUUGCUUGCCGGUUCUCUGUUUGGGCAACUCCGGGGUGUGGCCCUCGUGGUAUUUGCAGCCUCUGCUGGUGCUUCUUCGUGCUUUUUCCUGUCGAAGCUGAUUGGAAAGCCAUUGGUGUUCUCACUGUGGCCAGAUAAGCUCAUGUUCUUCCAGAAGCAGGUUGCCAAAAGAAGAGAAAAGCUGUUGAAUUACAUGCUUUUUCUCAGGGUCACCCCAACAUUGCCAAACACCUUCAUUAACUUAGCUUCACCCAUAGUAGAUGUGCCCUACCAUAUAUUCUUACUGGCAACUCUCAUCGGUCUCAUCCCAGCUUCCUAUGUUACUGUCAGGGCUGGGAUUGCUCUAGGAGAGUUAACAUCAUUGAGUGACCUGUAUGAUACCCAAUCGAUAGCGCUGCUGUUCUUGAUCGGGAUUGUUUCGGUCACACCAACAUUGUUGGGCAAGGACGAAGCGCAAGAAAAAACAACGGAAAUUGCAGUUACCGCGUCAUGAUCACCGAAGCGCCGAUCCGCAUGCCCUCACCUGUACAUAUGAAGCUCCAGCAUGCAGGGUUGCUUCAGAAGUAGUAGGAGCAUCAAAGGCCUGACAACACCAUGGUUUGCAAAGACUACACAGCAUGACAGGACCUCCAACCCCAAGUGCUUCCCUGACCCCUCUCCAUUACUGGAAGCCUGCUUGGGUUGCCAUCGAAACAUUUACGAAGUGAAGUGUUUAGCCACCCAAAUUAUGGAGUCUGGGGAGGCACAAUGCCCAUCAGGCAAAGCUGCUUUGAUGUGUAAGCAUUAAGCCAAGUAGUGUUGUUUAGAUGGGACAAGCAAACUGAUCUGAUCCCUGUAUAUAUUGAUCAGAUUCAUUCAAUCCAUAUUCAGUGGUUCAAUCACAA